AUGUCGCCUGCUAACUGGACCUUUCUCCACCCCUCCAGCUUCAUCCUCGUAGGGAUCCCAGGACUGGAAGCUUUCCACGUCUGGAUCUCCAUCCCCUUCUGCUCCAUCUACAUCGUCUCCCUUCUCGGGAACUGCGUCCUCCUGGUGGUUGUCAAGGCUGAGCCGAGCCUCCACAAGCCCAUGUUCCUCUUCCUGUCCAUGCUGGCGGUGGCUGACUUAGUGGUCUCAACCACCACCUUGCCCAAAAUCUUGAGCAUCUUCUGGUUCCGGCACAGAGGCAUCCACGCCAAUUCCUGCCUGGCCCAGGUCUUCCUGAUCCACUCCUUUUCCACCAUGGAAUCCGGGUUCUUUGCCGCCAUGGCCUUUGACCGCUACGUGGCGAUAUGCAACCCGCUCAGACACUCUAGCAUCUUGACCAACUCCGUCAUUGCCAAGAUAGGCCUGGUAGUCAUGAUCCGCGGGGUCGUGCUGCUCUGCCCCCACCCCUUUCUUCUGAAGGGGCUCCCGUACUGCAGGGGGAACGUCAUCUCCCACACCUACUGUGAGUUCAUGGCCUUGGUGAAAUUGACCUGUGUGGACACCCGGGUGCCCAAAGCCUACAGCUUGACCGUUGCCUUUCUGACAGGAGGGGUGGAUUUCAUGCUUAUCAUUCUGUCCUAUGUUCUGAUCCUCCGCACAGUCUUCCAGCUUCCCUCCAAGGAAGCCCGGCUCAAAUCCCUGGGCACCUGCGGCUCCCACGUUUGCGUGAUCCUGGUCACGUACACCCCAGCAUUCUUCUCUUUCCUGACCCACCGAUUUGGUCACGGGAUUUCUCCUGCAGCUCACAUCAUUGUGGCCAACAUCUAUGUGCUCGUUCCACCCAUGAUGAACCCCGUUAUCUACGGGGUGAGGACGAAAACGAUCCGAGAAGCUGUCCUCAGAGUCUUCAGGUUGUCCUCUCCUAGUAGCACCAAAAUGAGAAAGUGA